AUGACAAAACAAGAGAGGAAACGUAGAGACCGCGGUGCACAGUUUAUCCGCAAUAACUUGGAGCUACUGGGCUUUGGAAACCCUCGGGAUGCACUAGUGCAAGCUGCAAAGGAGCUGUUUGAAAAUGCGUGGGAUGCAACGCGAUCACUGAAUGUAGAGUCUUCGUGGAAUGAUGUACCUCUAAAGCUGCUGCGGCUUGACGUCAAAUUGAAUCGAGAUACUGGUAAUGUGGACAUCCUGUGUGCGGAUACUGGCUCAGGGAUGCACGCGCACGAGGUCAAACUACUGUGUUGCAACGUUUUUGAGACGACAAAGGUGAAUAGAGAGGGAGGAGGAGGAUGCAACAGUGGAAAAUACGGUGUUGGGCUCAAGGCGGCGAUGCUAUACAGUCAGCUUCAAUCAAGUGACGCGUGCUUGAAACUUGUUACAACCUCCAACUCUGAUGGCAUCUUGUAUGUGCAACUUUGUAUCGAUCCUGACUCCGAGGAGACUGCUGUGGUGAAGAAGGUAGCUCAUUUUGUCGUGGAUGAAGACCACCAACAAUUUUCAGGGACAGAGAUGAGGCUAUCCGUACCUUGUCCACGAGAUACGUUGGAGCUUAUAAGUGCUGCAGAUACACUUGCACUGUAUUUUCAGAGUCUGAGGUACAUUGCACCUCCGUUUGUUGGAGUACAGUUUAACUUCGAUGUCAAGGAGAUCAGUACAUCGGUCGAAUGCCUACACGGAGAAGAACCGAUUGAUCGCUUUGUUGCGGAUCUGGGCGAAAGCGCAGAUGAUAUACUAUACGCUGUUCAUGACGAAGAAUUCUUCUCGAUCAGCUGUGUUGCGCUAAUGCUUGGUGAAGUGGAAAUAGGUGUCGAGAGCGACAUGGAGGUCUGCCUACUUCGCUUUGCAAAUCACGCCCCGCUAAUCAAUGACGAAGAUUUCUUUGUAUGCGGAACCACAAAAGGAGUAUGUACGGCAAAAUUAUGGAAGAAAUAUGGUCUUCGCUGUCAUAGAACAUCUUCAUAUCUUAUGAACCAGCUCGUCGCUUCACCUUUGCGAGCAGCAAGUCGACAUGAUGACGGAAAUGUCGAGCCUGCUCGCCUCGUCUUGGCUAUAGACGUAUGCGUCAUUGGAUCUUCAGCGGAUACCGGCAUCAAGUACGGUGGAUUAAAGAAGAGUACGCUAGACGCGUGCUAUACUGAUGGCGUCCAGACUUGCUGUCGGGCCAUUUUACAGCAGCUUGCCGAAGCUGGACGUUUGUGCACACCGCAGCAGCGGCAAGAUCACGAUCUCAUUGACAACUAUGCACCAAUGAUCGCAAAGUCUCUUGCAAAAAUUACUAGACAGUCACAACUGCGUCGAUGUGGUGGUAUUAUGUCGUCACAGCAGCUCGAACGCAAUCCGCAAGACCACAUCAACGAGGGUCUUAUUUUGCACGAGCUUCAAGCUGCCAUGCGAAACUGGUAA